UCCACUGGCCCUAGAGGCAGCUCCUAAAGGGACAGACAAGAAACAUAACUCCUCUGUCAUGUGUCAGUUCUGUCUAUGUAAGACAGCUCUAGCUUACACCUGUUGUCCUAUUAAAAUUAUUGAUUAAUUACUAACAGUACCCCCUUCAUUCUCUUGUCCUAGUUAAGGUGAUAAAUGAUGCAUACGACAUCCUAUAGAAGACUGUCACCGCCCCACCUCACUGAUCAGCCCUCUGCCUACAGCCACACCCACAGAACAUUCAGCCAUUUCUCGUGUGGUUCCCAGCCUGCAGCACAGCGUCUGCACGUGGAACUCUGGAAUGCUGACCUACAGUCUGAGUUCCCGUGCCCUUGCCUGGGGCUGACUCUCUACUUGACCUGUAACCCACAACUGGGCAAAAGAAAAUUCUGCAGCCAUAGCUCUGAGGACAUGAGCAAAAUGGUUUCCAGACGGAAUGUCAAGGAUUCCCAUGAAGUGUCAGGGAGUCUUCAGGCCACACUUCAGGUUAUCUCCUUCUCUUUCCCUUUUCUGCUUCACUCUUGCUCUCAUCCUCUUUCUCACCCCACAACUGGUCAGAGGAGAUAAGAAGGUUCUUGUUACCUGGUACAAGACAACUUUUGGAAUCCCAGAUAUUCAGAUUAUUUCCCCUUUUCCUCUUUGCAAAUGAUAAUACUCACAGCCAAGAGGCAU